AUGCCAAUCAUUCCAUACCCUCUUGCUCUGAUCCAACUCUGGAUCGCCAAUCCAGCGCUGCCGUGGUCAAAUCCGGUGUGGCAGUCUGUGACACACGUUGUUGGCGAGCCGUGGGCGUACGACCAUGGCGAGGAUGUGACUGCUGCCGCCAGAUAUUAUGACGUUACUGGAUGGACCGUGGGCAAGGCUCAGGCAGUCGAAGCUUUCAUUAACAACUGUAAAAUGGCCGAGGAACCUGCUGAACACUAUGCUCUUAAACGACAAGAUAAUGACCAUGAAGGUCGUUGUUUGUGGAACGCCUGGGUUAAGACUUCAUGGGCCAAAUGGAAUAUUAACAAAUUGGUCGAUGAGAUCUUCGAAGAGAGUGGUUGCGCGCCCCACAAUGUCAUGGCCAGGUUGAAUUGCAAGAUCGCAGACGACUUUCCGACGAUGGAAGCUGCGCAGGUGAAGCAGAUUGUCUCCAUCAAACUAGCUGAUGUGUUAUUUGGUGACGAUGCAUUUACCGACGGAUCCUUCCUUGCACUACCCAUCGUGACCAUCCGCACUUACAUGAAGAAGCUGGAGACCUUGGUCACGCUUCUUAGUGUGUUCAAAGACCAGGAGACGGCAAAGAACCUUGAUGCGCGUCGUGAACAGGUCAAUGCGAUGCUGGCUGCUGCCAAGAAAGAUCCUGCCAAAGCAGAAUCAAUAGGAAGGCUUCCUAAAUCUCUACGGGAUGCGCUUGACAAGCUGGCCACCGAACGAGAAGUCAAAGAGCUCGAACUUUUGAUCGAGACCACACUUGCUGCAAUGGUGCCGCUUGAUGGUGAUGAGGUGGCAAUAGACUUCACAGAGGAUAUGGAUGUGGGUGAUUGGAAGAGCGGAGUUGAAGAAUAUGACAAGUGCAGCGAAGAUGACCUUUGGGAAUACCUGGGUCUGCCAGAGAAGAGGCUACCUUUUUUCCAGAGGCGAUCUGACCCCGAUGCCGCCAUUGACCCGUGGAGUGAAGAAGGUCAGCGAUGGCUUGAUGAUUCGAAGAGUCCAGCACAGAGUUUGGCACCUCGGUGGCACCAGCUAGUUGGCAUCCUGAGGCUAAUUGACAGGUUUUUGGACGGUAAACCGGUGAUGCUGAUGGAUGGCGUUGGGGUUGGAAAAACCAUGCAGGCUGUUGGUUUGAUUGCGUGCCUUGCACACUACAAAGAGCAUUACAGGAAGCACGGGAAGUUUCCUGGAAAAUUUUCACAACGUUGCCACCAGGGGACAGGUGGCAACAUUCCAGACUUACCCACCGUCAUUAUGAGUCCCCCUAACUUACAACAUCAGUGGAUGAGCGAAAUCCAGCGGUAUCUAAGGCGAGCAACGUUUGACGUCCUCCCUUACACGGGAAAAUAUACCGCACGUUCACAGUGGUGGACAAUGGCUUGGAGUAAAUGCCAGCAACCUCCGAUACGACGCAUCAUUUUAGUCACGACAAAUGCAGCGCAUGAUGAUGCAGCCACCGUAUUCAUCGAGGGCGAUAGGGACAGUUACGGGCAGCCAAUGACUAGCCCUCGCUUUGAACGAACUGGUCCCAGUACCCUCUUCGGUCGUGGAUACAACGUGACGUUUUUCGACGAAGCUCACUGCGCAAGGAAAUACAAUAAAGUACACGUAGCAGCUCGAGGACUUCAGGAGAGGUCUCACUUGAUGGUUGCAAUGACUGCAACGCCGGUCACCACGAAACCCACGGCGGGAGUUGAAGGAUCGAUGCUACGAGGCGUUUUGGUCGGCACCCAUAAUCCAGAGGCUGCUCAGGAAGAAUACCUGCCUGCAAUGAAACAAUGGAUGGGCCGUAUGAGAGAGUGGUUCUCCCCUGCUGUCGUCCUUCGUACCCUAGAUUCCACUGACAAUACAGGCAAUAGGAUCCUGGGCCUCCCUUCCUAUCAUGACCAUAGCUUAAAAAUCAAGCUACUUGACUGGGAGAUGGAGAAUUUGAGGGGUAUUGCGCGGGAAUAUGUUCAUGACUGUCCCAUUAUAGGGAUGAGCAAGGUGAAGUGGAACGGCGGCCCCACCAAAAGUAUGAAGUUGGAUGUUUUGGCUAAACUUCUGAAAUACCAUUUGGAGUCUGACGGUCGCCAGCCAAUGACGAUGGAUGAGAGCGGUCGCAGCCUUGUUCCUAACCUCGCCUUCAAAGCUGGAAAUACUCGCCCAGAUCAGCCAGACAGAAUUGUAGUAUUUUCAGCUUUCGUAACCUCCAAUCAGGCCAUUGUAGAUAUCCUGGAUCUUCAUGGUAUUCAUGCACUAGAACUUAAUGGACAGACACCCAUGAAGAAGCGCAAGGACAUUUUGGACGACUUCAGGUCAUCUGCAGGGACCAAAGGAGCGCGUGUCUUGAUUUUGUCAGGUGUAGGUAUGGAUACCCUUUGGUCGGAGCAGGACGAUCUACAGUUGCGUGGGCGGAUCUACCGUCACCCUCAGGCUAAAGAGGUACAUGUUUACCGAGCCAUUGCCUUGAAGACAGCCGAUGUCUUCCUAAACAAUAUCUCAUUCUCAAAGGGCGCAAUGCAUGAGGCAUUUGUAGGUGCUGACAAGGAAUUUCGUAAGUGUCUGGCUUAA